UUUUUGCUGGCCUACGUUGGCACUAACUACGGCGGGUUUCAAAUCAAUGAUGGCCAGCGUACACCCCAAGCAGAAUUCGAGCUUGCUAUGCUUCGAACUCGGCUUCUUCUGCCCUGCAACUUUGGAAGUCCGCACAAAUACAGCUGGAGUACAUCUGGGCGAACGGACAAGGGUGUUCACGCUUGCGCGCAAGUUGUAUCGGCCAAGGUUGAACUCUUGCCAGAUCAGACAAUGGCAGAAGUGCGAGACGAAAUGAACACCGUGCUACCGGAUGAUGUUCGUGUCUUGGAUGUCGUCCGCACUACGCGCAACUUCUGCGCCAAAACCCAACGUGACCGUGUCCGCUAUCAGUAUAUGAUCCCUUCAUUUGUCUUUGCCGAUGCCGACACGCUUCGAGUUCUUUUCAAGGACGUAGUAGGGCAUUCUAACAGAGGGCAAAGCAAAGCCGAGCUACUGCUCCCUGAAGAAUUAAAAUCAAUACAGUCUGCAUUGAAAGAUUUUAGGGCAAAUCCUAUGCAUAUUGCAAAGCUGCAAGAGGCGCUUCAAGUCUACGAAGGCACACAUGCCUUUCACAACUUUUCCCGUGGUGUUAAAGCAAACGAGGCCCGUGCGGCUCGUUACAUCGAGAGGUUUCACGUAGAAGAACCCAUUGUCUUUCCGAACGGAGUGGAAUGGAUUCCAACACAAGUCCUCGGCCAAUCUUUUCUCCUAAACCAAAUCCGCAAAAUGGUGUGUAUGGCAAUGGAUGUGGCGCGAGGCGUGGUCCCAUUGACCAAUGUAUCACGAGCACUUGAGCGACAGUCCGACGUUCGAAUCAAUGUGGCACCGGCGCAAGGAUUAUUUUUAGAAAUGAGCUAUUACGGAGGCUAUAACCGACGU